AUGAAACGUGACGGUGAUGGCAGGCUCAAGUGCUUUCGGGUUUAAGGCAGCACUGAGUUAUCAAGUUUGUAUUUGAUAUUUGAGGGUUUUAACUCUCUUUUUUCUACUUUUAGUUCCUCCUCUUGCGCUGAACAACUAAAGGAAACCAUGGCCACAACUAUAGCUUCGCAGUUGCAGGCAAUUAGGUCUGUCAUACAAACCGAUUCGGGGUCCCAAAAGCGACCCAUCACUCGGCCUUCUAUUCUAUUCGAUCCUAAAGAAGCUGCCGAUAUUGAUAUUGAUACCAUACUCAGUAUUGCACAUUCAGGUUUGGAAGUUCUUAUAAGUGUGGAUGAUCGAUUUAGAAACUAUAAGAACGAUCUCUUCAGUCAGAAAAGUAAAGAAUUGGAUAGAGAGUUGAUGAAUCAAGAUGAAAAUAACCGUAUUAAUGUAACCAUUAGUUUGUACUUAAGGUUACUCUCUGGACAUCUUCAACUACCUGCUUCCCACAAGACACUUGAAUAUUUGAUACGCAGAUACAAGAUUCAUGUAUACAGCGCUGAGGAUUUGAUUUUAUGUGCCUUGCCAUACCAUGACACACAUGCUUUUGUCCGAGUAGUUCAGUUAAUUGAUACCAGAAAUAGUAAAUGGAAGUUUUUGGAAGGUGUUAAAGUCUCAGGUGCGCCACCACCUAGAAAUGUUGUGGUGCAGCAGUGUAUUCGGGAUAUGGGAGUUUUGGAGGCUCUUUGCAAUUACGCAUCUCCGGCAAAGAAGUUUCAAUCUUCAAGGCCUGUCAUCACCUUUUGCACAGCAGUUGUAGUUGAAGCUUUGGGUUCUUUAAGCAUUGUUAAUAGUGAUGUUGUGAAGAGAAUUCUUCCAUUUGUAGUUUCUGGGCUUCAGCCUGUCACAAAAGUAGGUUUAGAUCACAAGGCUGGUGCUAUGAUGAUUAUUGGUUUGCUAGCAAAUAAAGUUGCAUUGGCUCCUAAACUUGUUAAAAGUUUGAUACGGUCAAUUUCUGAGAUGAUUCAUGAAGAUGCAAAAGAGUCAACUGAUCUGCAAUGGCUUCGUCUAUCAGUUAUGGCUUUAAUUAACCUUGUUCAGUUGCAAUCUAUGGAUACAUUUCCAAAGAAAGCUUUGGACAUUUUGAAGGAAACUAGGGAUAUUGUGGGGGUUCUUUUAGAACUCUCUAAGGAGUUCAAUAUUGAUAGGUUCCUUGCUGUGCUUUUGGAAUCUUUGGUUGACAACAGUUCUGAUGAUGAUGCGAGUUGUAGCACUUUGAUAUCCAUAAUAGAGACCCUUCCAGUAAAGAAUUUUGUUGAACACUUGGUUUCGAGGGUCCUCUUAUCCUGUGUGAAAAUGACACAGAGAAAUAACAAUUCAACACCUUCUAAAUCAGCGACCUGGGCAAAGACGAUUUUGAUGGUUGUUAAUAAGAAUUAUCCAUCUGAACUUCAUCAAGCAGUUCGGAAGUUCUUGGAGGAUACUAAAACCCAAUCCAAGAAAGAUGUUGCCUUGUUUGAAACUUUGUGUAAGAUGUUGGAUGGGAACUUGGAUUUGACAGUGGGGACGUUGGAUUCUAAAAUUUGGUUAGGUCUGCACCAUCCAAAGGCUGAAGUUCGAUGUGCUACAUUGUCCAGUUUAAAGACAUCAGGCAUUUUGAAAACCUCUGAUGUUGAUUCCCAGGGGCUCAUAACUAUUCAAGAUGCAAUAUUACGCCAGCUUUAUGAUGAUGAUCUGAGUGUGGUUCAAGCAUCUUUAUCCCUUGAGGGAUUGUCCAAAAUAAUAAGUGCUUCUGAUUUUCUCAAAGCAUUGGAUAAUGUACUUAAAAGAUGUGGUAGCACCAAAUGGUCAAGCUCAUCAGACAAAUGUACUCUGGUUGGUGAUGUGGUUGUUUCAUUCUUGAAGAUUGCCCUCUCAACCUUCCGUGAUCAGGCCGAUUAUUCAAAGAAAAUUACUGCCAGGAUAUUUCCUUUACUCCUAAUUUUUCCCAAGACUCAGAGGCUAAAUUUGAAGGUUUUGGAAUUAGUAAAGGAAAUGGACUGGCCAUUGUACAAUAAUCUCAAGGGGAUCUCCACUGAAGAAAUGAAAUUACAGCAUGAAAACAUUUCCGUGGUUAAUAUGAAGAUUGUUAGCAGCUUAGCUGAAACAUUCACAAUGCACCCUGAUGAACAUACAUCUUGGCUUAUCGAGAGCUGCAAUGACUUUAGUUUGUCAAAGACACUUCUCUUCUUGGUUGUGAUGCAGUCAUUCCUAAAUUCAAAAAAUGAUAGUGGGCAUCUUUUGGCAAUAUUUGAAGCUUUCUUCCCUGUUUUAAAGAAUGAGUGGGAAGUUUUUGAAUCUGCUGCUGAUGUUUGUGGGAAUGAGUUCAAUAAGGAGAUAAUAAACUGGGACUGCCAAAGAUUCUUAGAUCAGUUAGCUGAUUCUGAUGUCAGUGUGUUAAAUGGAAACAUUCUAGUUAGUAUCUUUUGGAAGUUACUGGAGGUGCUUUCUUCAAUAGCAACUGCUGAUACCUUACUGGAUGAUAAUGACAAGUGGUUAAGCAGCAAACAUAGAGACUUGUUUGUCUUCUUUGCAAGCUCCCAACAGAAGCAUGUUUUCAAGGAGCAUCUUCAUCACCUCACUACAAAGUGCAAGAUCUCUCCUGUUGAUUUUCUAUCUGGGUUUUUCACAGAUGAAGAUAUUCCUGUUGCUGUUCAAAUUGAGAGUCUUCACUGUCUUGCAUUUCUUUGUUUGGAGCCUGAUGAUAGAUUGCUGUUUCAACUUAUGGCCAAUUUUCCUUCCCUUCUUGUUCCACUUGCCAGUGCUAGCCAGGACAUGAGAAUUGCUGCCAUGGGCUGCAUUGAAGGACUUCAUGCACUUUCACGUCGCAUUGACUAUUUAAGCAAGAAAAAUGGAAGCAAUGCAAAUUGGAGUAAUUUUCUUGAAGAACUUUUAGGUUUAAUUGCUCAACAGAAAAGGCUUAUAAUAUCAGACAAGAACUUCCUAUCUUCUUUAUUGACUUCUUUGCUUGGCUCAUCGCACAGUAGUCUUCUAGUACCACAAAAUGUUGAACGAAGAUUUGAUCAAUCUACUAAGGAAAAGGUUCUUGCAUUCGUCUUGGGUUAUGCUCUUCAACUUUCUGCAUAUGCAAAGCUAAUGAUUAUAUCUUUGCUCAAAGGAUUGGGCAAUGUGAUAAUAUGUGUUAAAGAUGUGGAAACAUUUUUGUCUCAACUUCUGACAAGGCGCAAGCAAUUUUAUUUUGAGGCGGAGAAGUCAUCCCAUAAAUUGUCCAAAACUGAGGUCAAGAUCUUGUGCCUUUUACUGGAGAUCUGUGCUACACCACCUUAUUUAGUUGAGGGAUGUGCUUUUGAAGAUUAUUUAUUAGGGGCUCUGCGUUUGGAUGGGCUCUCUGUGGGAGAAUAUGCCGUUGCAGAACCUUGUGUUGCUGUUUUGCAGAAGCUAACUUGUCAAUUUUAUAGUGUUUUGACUACUGAGAAACAGGGGCUACUGUUCCGUGAGCUUGUGGUUUUGUUCCGUAAUGCUAAUGGUGAUAUACAAAAUGCAACUAGAGAUGCAUUGCUGCGCUUGAAUAUUACUUGCUCUACGGUCGUCCAGACGCUUGAUUUUAUAUCCAAACAACAUAGUGUGAAAACUGAUUCAGCAUAUGGGAAGAAAAAGAAGAAGAAACCAAUAACCCAUCAAACAUCAGCCUCAGAUCAUAAUUUGGUUUGUAAUGGAGAAACUGCUUUAUGUUUACUAAGCUCCCUGCUUGACAUAUUGAUACUGAAGAAAGAUAUGGUUAACAGGGAAUCUCUUAUUGGGCCCUUGUUUGAUCUUCUUGGAAAAAUGUUUUCAGAUGAGUGGGCUCUCACCCAAGAUAAAAACUUGGUUCAAUUUUCAACUGGCAUUUCCCUUUCCAUGUCCAAUACAGUGCAUUACAUUCAGCAUGCUCUCUUAUUAGUACUGGAAGAUAUUAUUGCUUCAUCUAUAAAAGCUGUCCCGCUAAAGGAUGACAUUACGAAUAAAAUAGACAUCAAAAUGUUGGUUGAGUGUUCCCGUUCUGCAAAGGAUGCGGUCACACGCAACCAUAUAUUCUCACUGUUGUCCUCGAUUAUAAAGGUCAUUCCAGACAAGAUGUUGGAACAUAUAUUGGAUAUACUUACCGUUAUUGGAGAAUCAACUGUUACUCAGGUCAUUCCAGACAAGAUGUUGGAACAUAUAUUGGAUAUACUUACCGUUAUUGGAGAAUCAACUGUUACUCAGAUUGACAACUAUUCGCAGCGUGUGUUUGAGGAUCUUAUAGCUGCAGUUGUUCCCUGUUGGCUGGCAAAGACAAACAACCCAGAGAAAUUGCUCCAGAUUUUUGUGAAUGUAUUGCCUGCAGUGGCUGAGCAUAGGAGAUUGUCAAUUAUAUUAUACCUGUUAAGGAAAUUGGGAGAACGUAAUAGCUUGGCUUCUUUGCUUGUCCUUCUUUUCCGAUCCUUAGUUUCAAGGAAAGGACCAUCUUAUCUUGAGGAUGCACAAACUUCAGAUGGUCUGACAUCUUUCAUGAAGAGAGAGUGGGAGUAUGCUUUUGCUGUGCAGAUAUGUGAGCAAUAUUCAUGCAUGAUAUGGCUUCCAUCCAUUGUUGUGCAGCUUCAACUUACAGGAAGCGGUCACUUAUGCCAAGAACUUUUCUUGGAAUUGCAAUUUGCAAUGGAAUUUAUCUUACAAAAAUUGCAAGAUCCAGAAUUAUCUUUCAAGCUUGAAUCAACUGAAGAUUUUGAUAGCAUCCAGACGACUCUUCAAGAACUCAUGGAGCAUGUUGUUUUUCUUUUACAACUUGUUGACAUGAGAAGAAAGCAAACGAUUUGCCCUGUUAUGAUAAGGAAAGGAUUAAAAGAGUGUAUAUAUUCUGUAUUGAGGACUAUCACAACAGUUAUGAGUCCUGCAGCAUACUUUAGAGGGAUCAUCAAUUUGCUUGGCCAUUCAGAUAGAAAUGUGCAAAAAAAGGCUCUUGGGCUUCUUUGUGAAAAAUUAAGGAACCUUGAAUCGGUUAAAGUGAAGCCAAAGGGAAGAAGGGAACUAAAUGCAAGAUCAAGCGCUGAUUGGCUCCAUAUGGAUGAGACUGCCACUGAAUCUCUUCAUAAGAUGUGUUUGGAAAUUGUUCGUUUAGUUGAUGAUAAGUUGGAUGAAGUUGAUACUUCAUUGAAACUGUCAGCAGUUUCCACGUUGGAAAUUUUGGCGCAGAACAGUCCUGAUUAUUCUAUCUUUGGCAUUUGCCUUCCCUAUAUAACAAAAGGCAUCAGUUCUCAUGACCUGGCCAUUUCUUCUAGCUGCCUUCGAACGACUGGUGCAUUGGUUAAUGUGCUUGGACCAAAAGCAUUAACUGAGCUUCCUAGAAUAAUGAAAAAUUUGAUUAAAAUAUCUCAUGAAAUCAAUUCUUCCAGUGGUGAUGAAAACACUUCUGCUGCACUAUCCACUUCCAAAGAAUCUUCCUUGCAGUCUAUUCUAGUCACUUUGGAGGCAGUUGUGGAUAAUCUUGGUGGCUUUUUGAAUCCAUACCUUGAAGAGGUUAUUGGACUAAUGGUUCUUGGUUCCGAGUAUACAAUGGAAUCCAAAUCAAAGCUGAAACUGAAAGCUGAUGAAAUACGGAGGCUGCUUACUGAGAAAAUACCUCUGCGACUUGCACUUCCGCCUCUUUUGAAGAUAUAUUCUGAUGCUGUGGAGUCUGGGGAUUCAAGUGUGGCAAUUACUUUUGAAAUGCUAGCUACCUUAGUUGGUAAAAUGGAUAGAUCAUCUGUCGGUGGUCACCAUGGAAAGAUUUUUGACCUCUGCUUACGUGCUCUUGAUCUUCGUCGUCAACACCCAGUUUCUAUUCACAACAUUGAUAUUGUUGAAAGAAGUGUGAUCAGUGCUAUGAUUUCUUUGACAAUGAAACUUACUGAGUCCAUGUUCAAGCCUCUCUUUAUCAGUAGUAUUGAUUGGGCCGAUUCACUUGUGGGAGAAACUGCCAGCGAGGGGGUUGCAUCUUUGGACAGGUCCAUUGCGUUGUAUGGUCUGGUGAACAAGCUUGCUGAGAAUCAUAGGUCUCUUUUUGUCCCUUAUUUCAAGUACUUGCUUGAUGGUUGCAUACGACAUCUUUUGGAUGUGAAGGGUACGGUGUUGAUUCGAAGGAAAAAGAAAGCCAAGAUUCAGGAAGCAGGAAAUGAUUUAAAAGACAAAAACAAUGUAUUGUUACUUAAAAGUUGGCACCUAAGGGCUCUAGUUAUAUCAGCUUUACACAAAUGUUUUCUGUAUGACACCGGAAGCACAAAAUUUCUCGACUCAUCAAAUUUCCAGGUUCUCUUAAAACCCAUCAUAUCACAGCUUCUUGUAGAACCACCAGCUUCUCUAGAAGAGCAUCCAAACAUACCAUCGCUCAAGGAUGUUGAUCAGUUGUUGGUCAUUUGCAUUGGUCAGAUGGCUGUUACUGCAGGAACCGACAUUCUAUGGAAGCCCUUGAACCAUGAGGUAUUGUUGCAAACCCGGAGCGAGAGUGUGCGAUCUCGAAUUUUGGGACUGAGAAUUGUCAAGUAUCUUUUGGAUAAUCUGAAAGAAGAGUACCUGGUAUUCUUGCCGGAAACGAUCCCCUUCCUGGGUGAGCUGCUGGAGGAUGUGGAGCUACCUGUGAAGUCUCUAGCACAGGACAUUCUCAAGGAGAUGGAAUCCAUGAGUGGGGAAAGCCUUCGGCAAUACCUAAUGUGAUUGUGAACGUCUGCUGCAGUUAUUCAAAUUUGGUGAGCGAGACAUGGGUCAGUGGAGAUGCUCUAUCAAGAGUUGAUGUAUGUAAUUUUUUUUCAAGGAAAAAUGUAAAUUAUAAAAAUUUUGUAUUUAUAGGUAGAAGGUUUAGGUCAAUCAACAAGAUGCAGCUUGCCUCUGUUUGAGGUUAAGAUGCGUGAAAAUGCCAUGGCUGUAAGCUCCGGUGACUGAAAAUAUGUUCUUUAUCUAGCAAUUCCUUGUCUAUUUUCUUUAUUCAUUGUUGAGUUUUGAAAUUUAACAUUUUAUCUAAUUCUAUCCAAGGCUUUAAUAGUUGUCUA